AUGAGGCGUGGUCGAGCGGGAGUCGGUUAUCGUCGUGGUCCGGGACGACCACGGAAACAACCCAUUGAGGCCGAGGAACCAGAACCAGUGACUCAGGAGGCGGAUUCUUCUAGGGAUCCAACGGAUGUUGAGACGGCUAGUCGGGGACAGACCCAUCAGACUCCUAGAGAUCAGGGACGUCAGCCUCAGGAGAUCCCUUCAGUCAUACCAUCUGGUAGGAAUCAGGAAUUUCAGCCUCAGGGUAUUCCCUCCGGGAUACCAUCAGCAUUUCCUACUCCUGCUACUACUGAUUGGAUGAGGGACAGAGCUCGGAUACCGUUGCUGGCGAGGUCCGUCAAGGACAGAUUUACCUUAUAUUUGGGCGGAGCAGAUCCUUGGGCUGCUCGAAGUUGGUUGAAGAAUGUAGAGAGCACCUUUGAGUACCUGAGUUGCACGGAUGAGGAGAAAGUGGAAUUGGCAGCGUAUCAUCUCCGAGAUCAAGCAGUCACAUGGUGGGACAUGCAGAAGACGAUCUUUGGAGAGCAGCGCAUCACAUGGGCGAUGUUCCGAGAUGCGUUUGAGCGGCAAUAUUUCCCAGCGACCUUCUGUCUAGCUCGACGCCAAGAAUUUCUGAAUCUCAAGCAGGGCGAUCGGUCAGUGAUGGAGUACAAUGCUGAAUUCUGUAGGUUGGCAGAAUUUUGUCCUCACUUAGUGGCACAAGAUUAUGAUCGUAUGCAGCAGUUCACUCAGGGUCUUGUAGCAUACAUUCGGAUUCGGAUGUCAGGAUUUCCAGGUAGUUCCUAUCGGGAGGUUCUAGAUCGAGCACUAUUCAUAGAGAUGACUCAGCAGCAGGUAAAUCAGGAGAAAGGACAUGAAAAGCAGUCGUCGCAAAAGAGAGGGAAUAGAGGUCAGAGUUCACGGGCUCCUUCCGGAGGAUCUUCUCGGCCUCAGAAGACUGGGCGAACAUCGGAUGGAGGUUCUCGUCCCCCUCAUCAUGAUCAGAAGAACUUUGGUGGGACCAGGUGUUUUCAGUGUGGGUCCAAGAGUCACACCAGGAAUAGUUGCCCGUUGGAUCAUGCUAUAUGUUUCUACUGUAAACUUCCGGGGCAUGAGAGUCGGGAUUGUACUCUGAAAGCACAGUUGGAGGCUCCUAAAGUUACAUCUCAGGGGGAAUCAUCCUCUCAGUCCCGUUCACAGAGGAGAUCGCAGAAGACCCAGAGUGCCCCACGUCAGCAACGACCACAGCCUUCUCAGGGACAGAUAUACCAUGUGCAGGGUCAGGAGCCAGCGACCACACAGUAUUCUGCCGCAGCGUUUUCUCAUCAGGCAUUCAGCUUUCAUCCAGCAUAUCAGCCUCAGUCUCAGUAUCAGCAGCCGGUUCCCACACCUAAGAUGCCAGCGCAGGCCACUUCAGGGAUACCACAGCCGAGCUCAGAGGUGGGUCGUGUUUAUGCUGUUACACGGGAGGAGGCACAGAGAGCUGAGGGAUCGGUAUUGGAGAUGGUGGAAUUUGACAUUAUAUUGGGCAUGGAUUGGCUGGCCAUGAACCAUGCCACAGUUGACUGCAGAGCGAGAGUAGUCACAUUCCGACCUCCCGGUUUACCAUCGUGGUCAUUCAUCGGAAUCGGGGGUGAUGGGAUAUCAGUCAUAUCAGCAAUGCAAGCGAAAAGAUUACUGUCGCAGGGUUGCCAGGGAUAUUUGCUGUCUAUGGUUAAAGUUGAUACAGAUGCAUUACCACGACUCUCGGACGUUCCUAUUGUUCAAGAAUUUUCAGAUGUAUUCCCUGACGAACUCCCCGGUUUGCCUCCUAAAAGGCAAGUCGAGUUUACGAUUGAGUUGGUUCCGGGAACCGCACCGGUAUCCAAGACCCCUUAUCGCAUGGCACCAAAGGAGUUAGAGGAGCUGAAGGUUCAGUUACAGGAGUUGUUGGACAGAGGAUUUAUCCGUCCCAGUGUUUCUCCGUGGGGAGCACCAGUACUCUUCGUUAAGAAGAAAGACGGAUCACUGAGACUAUGUAUUGAUUACCGACAGUUGAAUGCGGUCACUAUCAAGAACAAAUAUCCACUGCCACGUAUAGAAGAUUUAUUUGAUCAGCUGAAGGACACCUGUGUAUAUUCAAAGAUUGAUUUGCGCUCAGGCUAUCAUCAGCUCAGGGUUGGAGAUGCGAAUAUUCCGAAGACAGCAUUUCGCACUCGUUAUGGUCAUUACGAGUUCUUGGUAAUGCCAUUUGGGCUUACCAAUGCCCCAGCAGUGUUUAUGGAUCUGAUGAACAGAUUUUGGAGACGCUUCGGCGAGAACACCUCUAUGCGAAGUUUAGUAAAUGCGCCUUUUGGCUACCUUCGGUGGGUUUUCUUGGACAUGUUGUCUCCAGCAGAGGUAUAUCUGUGGAUCCACAGAAGAUUGAGGCCAUCACUGGUUGGGAGCAGCCGAAGACAGUACAGGAGAUUCGUAGCUUUUUGGGAUUAG